AAUUGCCCUACUGUGAUCACUUACAACACCAGACCACCAAGAACCAUGGAUGGCCAUACUCCACUUCACACUGUUAAAUCCAUGCCCCAUACACUCUUCAAUCGUUUAUUUGCUCCAAUCUACGCUUGUGCCAUCCUCGGUUUGCUCUAUCACCAUGCAAGAAACCUUCUCUUCUUCACAAGUCUCAUCUCUUUCUCUAUAACCCUCGUCUUGUUAAUCUCUGAUCUAGUUCUUGCCUUCAUGUGGAUCAACACGCAGGCUCUUCGCAUGUAUCCAGUCUGUCGGGAACAAUUCCCCGAAAGCCUCGAGAAAGUAAUGAAAAGAAGUGAGUAUCCAAACUUGGACGUGUUUAUAUGCACUGCAGAUCCAUACAAGGAGCCUCCAAUAAGUGUAGUGAAUACAGCUUUAUCUGUAAUGGCUUAUGAUUAUCCAACCGAGAAGAUUUCUGUUUAUGUUUCGGACGACGGUGGCUCUGCUCUGACUUUCUUUGCUUUAAUGGAGGCAGCUAAGUUUGCUAGCUGCUGGUUGCCUUUCUGCAAAGAGAAUAACAUUACAGAGAGGAGUGCUGAAGCAUAUUUCGAAUCAAGACAACCUUGCUCCUUAGAGACUGAGAAGAUUAAGAUGAAGUAUGAGAGCAUGAAAUCUAAGAUAGAACAAGUUCUUGAGAGAGGAAAAGUUGAGGAUCACUAUGUCAAUAGAGAUCAAGACCGCGAAGCCUUCAACAAAUGGACUGAUAAAUUCACACGCCAAGACCAUCCUACUGUCAUUCAGGUUCUUUUAGAUACAAGCAAAGACACAGACAUCACCGGUAGUCAGAUGCCAAACCUCAUUUAUGUCUCAAGGCAGAAAAGCAAAACUUCAACCCAUCACUUCAAAGCUGGCGCCCUCAAUGUUUUGGUAAGGGUAUCAGCAGCUAUGACCAAUGCACCAAUGAUCUUGACAUUAGAUUGUGACAUGUAUUCUAAUGAUCCCCAAACGCCACAACUUGCCCUUUGCUACCUAUGUGACCCUGAUCCUACAUUUGUUUCUAAAUUAGGAUAUGUUCAAUUUCCUCAACGAUUUCAUGGAAUCAACAAACAUGACAUCUAUGCUUGUGAGUAUAAACGCCUGUUUGAGAUACAGCCAAUAGGUUUCGAUGGACUGAAGGGACCCAAUCAUGUUGGAACUGGGUGUUUCUUUUCUAGAAGAGUUUUCUUUGGAAGUCCAUCAACUCUAGUGCCACCGGAGAUCCCUGAGCUUAGGCCCGACCACGUUGUGGGCAAACCCCUACAGUCACAAUCACUUUUGGCAUUGGCUCAUAAGGUUGCAAGUUGUGACUAUGAGAAUCAGACCGAAUGGGGCUCCAAGAUUGGAUUUAAGUACGGAUCACUGGUUGAAGACUACUACACAGGUUAUAGAUUGCAAUGCGAGGGGUGGAAAUCUGUAUUUUGCAACCCUAAAAGGGCAGCAUUUUUGGGCGAUGCUCCAGUCAGCUUGGUUGAUUUGUUGAACCAACAAAAGAGAUGGUCCAUUGGGCUCCUUGAAGUUGCAUUUUCUAAAUAUAGCCCAAUAACCUUUGGUGUUAGGUUUAUGGGAACUCUAAUGGGGUUAGGCUAUGCACAAUACUCAUUCUGGGCUAGUUGGUCAAUACCAAUCACUGCUUAUGCUUUCCUGCCUCAGCUAGCUCUUCUCAAUAAGGUUUAUAUAUUCCCGAAGACAUCAGAGCUACCGUGGUUUCUUCUGUAUGUAUUUCUAUUUCUUGGUGCCUAUGGACAGGAUUUUCUUGAUUUUGUCUUGGUUGGUGGGUCGGUCCAAUCUUGGUGGAAUGAUCAAAGAAUUUGGCACAUAAGGGGACUGACAUGUCACUUGUUUGGCUCCAUUGAGUUCUUUCUUCAUACUUUUGGCUUUUCAAGAUUUGGGUUCAACGUGACAAGUAAAGUGAUUGAUGAUGAGCUAAGCAAAAGAUAUGGCCAAGGGAUCUUUGAAUUUGGAGUCCAUUCACCCAUGUUUGUAACCCUAACAAUGGCAGCAUUAAUUAACUUGAUCGCAUUUGUCAAAGGGCUAGUUGAUGUUUCAAGAGGCAGCAAUUUGGAAGGACCAUUCUUGCAGAUGCUCAUUGCAGGCUUCGCUGUGUUAAACUGUUGGCCAAUUUAUGAUGCCAUAUUCUUAAGAAGUGAUGGUGGAAAAAUGCCUAUCAAAACUACACUAGUCGCAACUGUUUUAGCAUGUUCUUUUUGUUUGGUAGCUUCUUUCGUUCUCUAAGAGCUCAAGAAAAUACACCCAGAAAUAAAAAUUUAUAUAUGGCAUUAUAAAAAAUUAUUUAAUCAGCAAUUAUAAGAUAUAUUUCCCUUUUCUUUUA